AUGGGAGGCAAUCAGAGCAAGGGGAGUUAUGGGAGGUUUCGGAGUUUGUUUGAUAACACGGAUUAUAAAGAGGCCUACAAAAAGGAUCCAGACGUCAAGAAUUUCCACGACAGCCUUGAAACUGAUAUGACGCCACUCAUCAACAGCUUUGAAAAUGCCAGGGUAGAGGACGGCUUGCCUCUGGAUUCUUUCAAGAUUCUCAUCUGCUACUUGGAUAUUUUAGACAAACGCCUCAAAAAUCUCACAUUAGCAAAUGAGAAAGACAUCCGGGAAAGUCCUAAGCUGAAGGCGUUGGUGGAUCAAUACAAUGAACUCCAUGAAGAGACAUCAAAAUUCUACAAUGGCAUCUCAAAUUGGGCGGAAAGGGUGAACCGCAACCAGCUUAAACUUAAGGUCGCGUUACAGCACAUAGAGCCUGCAAAUCCCCCUCCCGGCAAGAAGCAAUACACGAAAUGUAUGGAAAAGCUAAGGGAAUUUAAGGAGGCUCUGAAUCUCUUGGACAAGGACCUUUCCGACCUUUUGGAUUCUGUCUACUUGAAGCAUGAACAGAUUCGAGAGAAACUCGAGUUGGAAAGGAAGAAAUCGGCUGGAAAGCUCAAGUGCAUGAGGGCGUGGCGGAAGUUCUCCAAUAUUUUUUUUGCGGCGGCGUUUGUGACGGUGUUGGUUUCCUCUGUGGUAGUAGCCAUUAUGACCGCGCCACCAUUAGCGGCGGUCGUUGCCGCCGCGGUUCCCAUAGGCACCAUAGGCGAGUGGGUCAAAUAUCGGUUGGAAAAAAAGGAGAAGAAGAUCAAGGUAGAAAAUGAGGUUAAACAGACAAUGCAUAAUAGAAUCCAUGGCGGGCUUUGCGAGUUGAAACAAAUUAGCGCUCGCGUGAAGAGACUGGAGGACACCAUCCGUUCGAUUCUGGACAGCAUUGACUUCUAUUGCGAGGACGAGGAUCACCAGAAAGUUGCAGCGGAGCAUAUCAGGAAGAAACUGCCGACCGUUAAGAAACAGAUCGAUAAGCUGAAGGAUCCGUUGGAAAAUAUCAGGGAGAACCGGCAGAACGUUGAGGAUGCAGUGGAGACCAUUCAGCAAAAGAUGGAACAUCUUAUCAGAUAUGUGAAUUGCUCCGAUGACAGAAUACAGGAGAACUAUAGUCAAGUUGCUCUCAAAAACAUCGGGUAA